CACAUUUAACCGCAGUGAUAACUUGCGUACCCAUAUACGUGACAAACAUGGUAUAGGAGAGAAACUGGCUUGUCCAUUUUGUUCCAAAUCUUUUCGUUCAAGGAGUGCUUUGGACAAACAUAUGCUUGCUUGCAAGGAGUGGAAAGAUGGAGUUGAAAUGCUAUAGUUUUAAGUUUGAUGUAAAUGAAGUUGGUGAGCAAUGGACUAGGGGCUUUUACAUAAUGUUGGCAGAUCAUCCAGUGUUCAUUUAUUAUCUGCAAGCCUUUUUUUUGUGUGUGUUCAAACUGGUCUAGUAUUUACACAUGAAAAAAAAUGUAAUAUAUCUGAGAACUCUGAAGAGCCCGAAGAUAAGAUUUGUGUAGACAUGGUUAGCUUUUUCUGAAUAGGAACUAGUGAUUUAGCCUUAGAUAAUGUAUUCACACACUUAAGAAACCAUCAUGGCCUGCAUCCUGAUUUAAUAAUGACAGAUUGGCGUGAAGUCAAAAGCAGGAAGAAUCAGCCUAAAAAUAACAAAAAUUUUUGUUCUUGUAAACAUCAUGCAGAACCACAAAGACCAGUUGCACCUUGCACCUUAUGCAGACCUGGAAGGACAGAACACAGAUCGCAUUGUGGUUCCAUCGGGAUAUUUCUCAGGACUUCACGGGUUCUCAACCCGGAGAAGGAGCCAUGGAACCAUACUGCCCAUAGGCUUGCAGGUUGGACAGGUCUCUGACUGGGCACCAAGCAGACUGCCAAAAAGUGGUAAAGAGGGACACAGCUCAGCAGGGCUGCAUGAAAUUUCAUCAGAUUUCUUUUGCAUUCAGUGCAAACUGUAUUUUGGCUCAUCAGAAGACUUGAAUACUCACACCUCAAAGUUUCAUUCUUCACCAACCAGCAUUGCAAAGGCCAGUGUUGGAAGCAGGAAGUCUGAUCAAAGACGUGGUUGCAUAUUUUUGUCAGAGAGGCGAAGAGCUAAAGGUGGAAGUUGGAGCAAAGAUUUAUCAGGGAUAGGCAGUGGGGCAUUGGAUAGUUCCCAGAAAAAAUUUAGAUGCUCUGUGUGUGGAGUGCAGUUCAGCCAUCACCACUCACUGUUGCGGCACAAGUGGAAGUGUGAAGGCACACGUAACUUUGUGUGUGAUAAAUGUGGACAUGUGACCUACAGAUCUGACCACCACAAGCUACACCUUAACACUCAGCAUGACAUUAACAAAAAGCAGCUUUUCUGACAAACACAUUUGUGAUAGUGUUUUGCAGAUGCAUUCAUUUUUUUUUAUGUUCCUGUUUUGCAUAGCUAGCUGCUAUUUUUAAACUAAAUACAUUUUAUUAUUUGAUGCUGAUACUAAUAUUGACUAGGCAGAGGAGGAAUAAGUCUGGUUAUUUCAUUAUCAGCAAUGAUGAUUGUGGAAGAAUGUGCGUCUAAUUUCUUUUCCUUAUGCUGCUUUCUAUUUCUUGUCUUUUGUAUUCAGAAUGUGUUAUGUGUGGGGAAAGAGACGGAAAGUGUGCUUUAUUACCACACUGAAUUAGACUUGUCCAGGCUUUCAGAUAAAAGCAGCAUUUAUAAGCAAAAUACUCUGCACAGUGCAGAUGUCAACUGUAGCUUGUUUCAGCAUUUUCUUUGUUCAAGUAUCGGACAAUAUCUGAAUCAGUGAUAGGUGUUAGGUCUUGGAGUAUAUCUGAUCUGUUGCAACUUGACUUUAAAGAAUUAAUUUUUAACCUAAAAAUAAUUGCACUUGCCUUACCAGCUAAUGCAUGCAGAUGUGAACUAAAUAGUGAUAAAAAUAUUGGAGCUUUAUAGCACAGUAUCACACUAGUCAGUGUUUGCAGCACAUAGAACAAUACUUGAUCAGAAAAAAAAAAACCAAGAAAUAUAGAUGGGAAAAUUACAAAUCAAAUGAAAGUUUAAAAUCAACAUCAGACGACAAAACAAAAGGCAAAAAGAACUGUGUAGUAAACUAUGUAGAUGUAAAACACUCUAUGGGGUGGAAUAAUUAUGAAAAAAUAUCCAUUUGAAGUGCAUUGAUAGGAGACAGAAUCUCUUAUUUGAUCUUGUAAAUAUCUAGAAAUAUUCAGGGGGCAUAAACUUACUGAUUGGCUUUUUUUCUUUUAGUUCUUGCUUGAAGUUUCAUCUGCAAGUGCCUUUCCUUCAGAGAUUUAGCUUUCUUCAAGAACUGUGUACAGAUGCUUAUAGUUUUGUAGGUGGGCAAAAUAAGGCCUCAAAAUUAUUUAUUUUUAUCAAAUGCGUCCAUACAAAAGGCAGUCAGGACCUUGCAAAAAGAAAGAAAAGAGUUGUUCCUAGUGUGUUUAAACUGUUAACACUGCAUGAUUCAGAAACCAACAUCAAAGUUAUAUAAGUUUUCUGGAAGCAGAUGAUCCUGGGGGAAUAACACUUUUUUGUCAAAUGCACAUACAUCAUUUCAAGAUCUGUGACAAAUUAUAUCAGCGAUAAAAUUAUAUGUUGAUGGAUAGUGUACACAAUCUUUUGUUUUGUCUGCUGAUGACAAAAAUCUUGCCUAAUGGUUUCACACGGUCCUAAAAGGUCUGUAUUUUCAGAGUGGUCAGACAUGUAGGAGCUCUGUUAAUAUAUCAUUGAUUCGCCUUUAGCAUGUUAAUUUAUACAGUGAGUUUUAUGGCAUAUGGCUAAAUUUGUGCACAAAGAAAGUAGCUCAUGCCCAACGCCAUUUGGGCCUGUUUGGUCAUACUCUAGUGUACAAGCGCUAGCAGACAGUAUGAAACUCCAGUCCAUGGAUACAUGCACCAACAGUCAUCAAACUCCGAAUUGUUUUUUUGUCUUCAGCGCAUGCAUCAGAGAUCAUCAUUGAAAGAUGUGAGAAUGAUUGGCGUGAGGGCUCCUCUCUCAAGCCUUUCCAGUGUGAACGGUGUGGCCAACGCUUCACUUACCCAAGAACUCUUCGCCGUCAUUGGUGGAAGUGCUCUGGCACACGAAACUUAGAGUGUGAUAUCUGUGGAUUUGUUACCUAUCGGAUUGACUCGUACAAGCUCCACAUGAGGAAACAUGCCGCAUAGUUUCAGACUGUAUUAUUAACUAUUUGUGAAUGGUAAACAGUGGACUUUUUUGCAGGUGUGUGACCUGUGAAUAGAUAUUUUGGGAAGAUUUUAAUAGGUUUCGAGUAUUUCAUUGUGGAGAUGCGAGUAUUAUUUACCCUUUCAUUUUUGUUUCAUUGUUUGUCUUUUUUGCUUGGAAUAAUUGAAAUAUCAAAGUGAUUCACACGCUUUUGAAAGGGCCUUCCUUGUCCUUCAUUUUCCCUUUGCUUUGAAUGGCUUUGCUAAAAAAGAUUACUAGCAACAUGCCAAUAGUGUUACUGUUAUUUGCUCGAUAGGACAUUGGGAUAUGGAUUUUUUCUUUCCAUUUUUUUCAAGGAUCUGGUUUAAGGAGGAUGUGGAAGAGAUUACUUACAGAUUUGGCAACAUAACAGAGUUUGUGUUUAAAUUACGAAUACACACCAUUUUCAUUUUACAAACUAUUGAUGAGCUGUUUUAUUAUUUCUCUAUUACUUAUAAUCCUAUUUGUAACAAUCGGUUUCAUUUCAUUCAAAAUAUAUUAGUUUAUACUGUAACAUUUUAGAUACACACAUAUAAGUUACAUUCAUGUACACACAGAAAAAAACAAAUGUUUGUAGUAAACUUGAAGUUUGAUAUUA